CCAACAUCUAGUCAAUAGGCUAGUGAGUUUAACGUGUUGUGCUAAGCUAAUUUAUUGCAGCAUGUUCGAUAAGUGUCGAUUGCGAAAUAUCGGAAAAUUGCACCUAUUCUGGAAGAUCUACUUAUCUACGCUACUGCUUCUGAUAGCUUACAAUGAAUACCUCAUUCACAUUUUCCACAGCUUACAGUGGGCUCAGAUUGAAUGCCAGACUGACAAGUGUCUCAAGAUCUUACUGGUGGCAGAUCCCCAGAUACUGGGAAAUACUUUUGAUAAGAAGCUUUACUGGCCGCUGGCAAAUUUAGACUCGGACAGGCAUUUGUCGAAAACCUAUCGCAAGGCCCUGCAGCACACUACACCGGACGUUAUCUGCUUUCUGGGCGAUUUGAUGGACGAGGGAAGCGUGGCUAGCGAUGUCCAGUACGAUGAGUAUUACGCCCGAUUCGCAAACAUAUUCACGCAACCGAGAGCCGAUACGUCGAUGAUAUACAUUCCAGGCGAUAACGACAUUGAGGACCGUGAUCCACAGAUCAUGAAAAGAAACAUCCAACGCUUUCAUCAGUACUAUAGCGAACAGCCUACGUGGGAAUUGCUGCGUAGGGUAAAAUUCUACAACAUUAAUCGAUUCGUCGGCAGUAUGCCUACGGCAGAGCAUAUCAAUCCCGAUUCGGAAUCGUUAACGAUUUUCUUGAGUCACAUAAGUUUGCUAAAAGCAGCUGGUUAUUUCUCCGAACAGGCAAUUGAAACGUUUCAUCCAAAUGUGAUAUUUUCCGGGCACGAUCAUACAUCUCAAAUUGCAAUCCUUCAUCGAAAUAACCUUUUCAAAGAGGUGAAUCACGUUCCACUCAAUACUGACCGCAACAGGCGGCAGGAUAUCUCAACUUUCAAUCUCGUUAAUCUUCGACACAAUCAAGAAUUGCUGGAGAUUAAUGUACCUACCUGCUCGUACCGGAUGGGCUUCAUGAAAAUUGGCUAUGGGUACGCGGUACUCGAUGGAGACGAACUGAAGUACACAGUUCUCUGGACAUCGCAGCGCUUUUACCAGUUGGCGGUCUACUCGCUGAUGAUCAUCCCAAUGAAGCUGAUAUGCGGACAAAUCUGGUGCAACAUCUUCAAACGAUACUGGUCCUGCUGUAGGUCCAGAAACCGAAACUAUCUUCCCUUGCAUGCAACUUAGUUAGCG